CGACAAGGUCAAGUUUGGAGUUGUGUUGUGCUGACUUUUUCGCGGAAUAAUAGCGGUAUGUUUCUCGUUUUGAUAAAAAUUAUUGUGCAGCAUUGUAAUUUAGAUUCUUAGCUACCAAAAGAGAGUGUCGGACUGGCGAAUUUUCCGUGAAAUGUCACGUAUUUUCUCGACUUCGAUCUCAAAUUCAUGCAGGACGAGAUAGCGCGAGUCACGUACAGCGCCGGCCUGUCUUAAAAUCCCUGCUGAGUCAUGGAGCCCAAAGCUUUUUUCUGCUUUACACAGGGUAGAAUGCCCUUAUUUGCCUAGGCUGCAAUGCAGGCGUAUUUUUGGAGCGCGAGCGCUGAAUAAAUGAGGCCCUGCCAGGGGGGGCUCCCAUGUCGCUCGUCUCAAUUUUAAAGUGUUUAUUAAUGCUUCACGUCACGUCGCUGUCGGAAAUUGAACGAAAAUUUUUUGUCUUUGUCGGAAUUUUAGAAAAGGGGGAAAGCGAUGCGUUGUAAAGAAACCAUUACAGUUGUGCAAUUUCUCAGUUAACCUUUCGCGUAUAGAACACCUAUAGGUGGUUUUCACGUUACGUCAUCGCCGCCAUGCUGGUGGACGGUAAACAAAAGAUCGCUCAUUAGCUCGCUUUGUUUGUCCACCAGCAUUUGUUCAUUUCACCAUUGUUAUUUGUGUCUCCCGAGAUUGCAUGAAAACCACCUAUACAUCGCCAUUCACAAUUAAGGGUGUGUUCCUUUCGGUGAAUCCAAGAACGGAUUUUCGAUCUUAAAAUAGAUUUCGCGUUCCUUUCGGCAAAUCCAAAUUCGGAUUUUUGAUCUGGUGAAUCCUUUUUGAAAAAGGAUUCACAUUGGAUUUGAAAUCCGAAGUAUCCAAAUCCAGAUUAAUGGAUCAGUGAUCUAUGCUGUUCCAUUCACAGUGGAUUCGAAAUUAGUCAGAUGAUCCAGCUGUAUUUCCAGUUGAAGUAUUCCCGUAGAGUUUCCUAACUGCUGCCAUUUGCCGUAAAACAUCUGAAAACACUAGAAGAUUGUUCAUAGUGGUACAGUAAAAUAUCCAUGUGCUGACCAUUUGUCACUAAAGAUUGCUUAAAAACACAAAUAAGGAAAAGGGACAAAUAACUGCUAUCUUUCUACAAACUCACUUGUGGACGCGAUAGGUACUUGAUCGUGUUACAUAAAAAACCGAGCUACGAAACUGGAUCAAACUGAGCCGACAACCUUUAGUAAAUUUUCAACUUUAACGCGCUCCUAUCUUGAUCUGUUUAUGCUCCAUCGUCGUAAUUCGAGCUGCCGACCACAAAAUUCUGCACGGUAUAAUCACAUAAUUUGUCAAACAGUAGAAAACAUGUCAUUUCUUGAGAGGCUCAGGCUGUCAUGCAUAUUGCACGCGUUUGCGAAAGGUUACCAAGGUCAGAAAGAAAGUCAAAUUCCCAGGGUUUUGCACAGAGAGUAGAUUGGCGUUCUCUGGAAUUGGCUAAUACAUUACAUGAUCUGGCACAGUUGAGGGUCUCUUAAAGAGAGUUGUACAUCCCGACAGGCACCUCAUUUUUCCUGUUACUAGACUGCAAACCACUGUCAUUUUCUCCUUAUUAGGCAUGUGAAAUUGAAUGGGAUUUUGAGAGGUUUAAAGAAUUAGGGAUAAAAGAAAGAAAAUUAGUUUUGAAACACCCCCAGACAGUUCAGCCCGACGCAAGAGCACCCCAGGUUGGUAGGGGACUGCCUGGGUGUCCAUCUAAUACAAUUUUCAACUUCAAAUUCUAAUUUUAAAACUACAUUAAAUCUUUAAAAUUUCAUAUUUCGCCUAAUUUUACCAAUCCUUUGAGAAAAACUAUCUGCCAAAUAUACCCUAAAAUCACCCAAAAAUUUACAAAAAACCCUCAAUAUAGAAUUGUGUUAAAUGUGAACAAGACCCAUGUUUAGCGGCAGAAAAACGAUGUUAACGGUGUACUCCAGCCUUAAGACCACAUCUGCCAAACCUCACAAUAAUUUGUUGAUUGUCAACCUGGCGUCAGACAUACAAGUGUGCGGGCAUACCAACAUUGAAACUUGGCUUAAACCACCAGACAGUGGGAGUUAUAGACCUAGACAAUUACCGGUAAUUAUUUUUGAAUGCAUAUCACAAAUAAAAGAAAAAUUAAACAAAAAGUUUAUGCCAUGGAAUUAAAGAAAUUAUGUACACAGAAUGGAAUGCAUAAUUAUGUUUUAGGUUAGCCAUUUUGUUUUGAAGCAGUUGUUUAUAAUUUGGCCUGGAAAAGUUACAUAAAAAAGUUAACUGAAAACAUGAAUCAAGUUUUCCAGUAAUUGAGCUAUCACUUAUCACGUUCCAAAGGAUUUUGUGAUGAUGGUCAAGUGGCCUUCUACACUGUCAGUCAGAGACUGGAGGGGGAGGAAUCUGGGGUUAAAAAUGCAUUGUGUCAUUUGUUUUGAGUGCUAAAUAUUUAUUUCUUGUUUACCUUCUGUUGUAUUUUCAGCAGUAGUCUAAGAUGGCAGCUUAUUGGUGGGGACCU